AUGAAGGUCUUCGCUCCACUCUUGACUUUGCUCCUUCUUCUCUUCUCGUUAUUACCCGUCCACUCCUCUUCUGAUUCAGAGCGGAUCGGUGGUCAAAGAGGAAGUGAUCCCAUAAUCAUUGAAAAUUCAGCUCCAAUUCUACGAGGCGCCCUUGUUGAUCAAUAUAAUGGCCAGGCCUUAAUCAUAAGAUUCAAGUCACCUAGCGACAUUAUUAAGGACUCAAUAACGAACCUAGCCUUUGACAAGAUGGACCCCAAAACAGCUCAGGACUUGUGUAUAAAAAUACAGGGAGCAACUUGUGAUGAGGUCUUGAUUCGUCAGUUCCUCAAGGUCCAGAGAAGCUCCAAAGGAUGCAUCAUUGAUGAAACUCAGAAAGAACAGAUAAUUGGACUUCUAGGAGACUCGGCCGAGUCAAUCUAUGAAGAAGCUAGAAGGAUCGUUGGGCUCCUACAAAAAAGGCAACUCGCCGAGGAAUAG